CACAGGUACGUCUAAAAAUAGAAGAACUUGUUGGACAUACAACACCCUGCCUGUGUAAUUUUCGGAGUGACAGAAGAAAAAAGCCGAACAGACGGACGGUUUUAAGGAAUAGGGUGUGUGUGUGCAGACGUAAAAACCUUUUUAUUUCGUUGUUAUGUGGAACAGUUAAUUAAUUAACAGGGUUGUCACAAUAAAAGUUAGGAGAGAUGUUGACUCCACUAGUACUUGCAGCGGUUCUGCUGGUUGGUACAAAUGGACAGACUAUGACGCGUCAGAACUGUAACAGCGCGGGACACGAGGCCGUCAUUCAAGCCGAUGCAGACGCAUUUAUUGCAGGCUUUUUUGCUUUCCACGAGACAAACGAUAAUGGUGUAGGCUGUGGAGAGAUUCGCACCGGAGAUUCUGAGGAGGCCAUGCAGUCGUAUGAAGCCAUUCGCUGGGCCCUCGAUCGUUUAAACAAGAUAAACGAAGUUCUAAAUGGCGAAGAUUUAACAGACUAUUACAUUCCAGGAGUCAAAAUAGGAAUGAUAGCAAAUGAUUAUUGUAGCAGUGUGACAACUGCUAUCAGUAAGGCAGAAAUGUUGUUCCCGCAGUUUGGUGCUGCCGAGACGGAAUGCCAGAAAAAUACAGACAAACUAAUGCUCGGUUUGUAUGUUCAAAUGGCCAGUGGAAAUGCUAUGGCUAUGCAUGAAAUGGCCCACAAUCGAAACCUUCCAUUGGUUUCUUAUACUUCAUCAGCCCCUGCUCUAUCCAAUGUAGAGAAAUAUCCAAACUUUAUGCGUACUAUACCACCAGAUGGUCCAUUGACUAAAGCAAUUGUAGAGUUUAUAAAGCAGCUAGGCUGGGAGUACGUGGUCGUUGUUCAUACUGAUAACAGCUAUGGUAGGGAAGCCUACAGAGCCAUACGCCCGUACCUGGCUGAAGCCGGAAUCUGCCUGACCGCUGCUUUCCCUGCUGACCCUAAUGACGACUCUGACGCAACUGUUGACGGAUUAUUAGACAACGUCAUGGCAACAAAUACAACUGGAGUGAUCUACCUUGGAAACAAUAUGAUUAUUGAGGCAUUCUUGCGACGUGGAGAGGUUAAGGACAAUGCUGGUUUGCUCCAAUGGGUGGUAACUGACAGCGUUUCGUUAUCGGAAACAUUUCCCGGACAGAAAUACCCAAGAGGACUGAUUUCUGUGGUACCAUCUGGACGUAAGAUCAUUGAAUUUGAGGACCAUUGGGUGAGAAUUGACAAUAACAACCCGUCCGAUGAGAAUCCCUGGUAUAAAGACAUGCAUAUGAAGAGCUAUAACUGUCGUCUGCCGGGUGUAACAAAUUCUGAGUAUACGACAGAUUGUCCGGUCAAAACAGAAACCCAGAGGAGAAAUGAAUUCGUUCAAGAUCAGUAUGUCGAGCCUGCUGUACAUGGUGUCUAUAUUUAUGCACGUGCCUUGAAACAAGCCCACGCCGUGUUGUGUGGCGGCCAGCGAGGAAUGUGCGCAGCGUUGAGACAACUGUCGACAGCUGAUUUCUAUAACAACUACAUGAGAGAUAUUGAUUUCAUGUAUGGGAAGGCAGAACGUAUUGAAAGUUUAGCUUCAUUCAGUCUUGACCCAUAUAAUGCUGCGGCACAGGUUAAGUUUGAAGGCAACGAUUUGACCAAUCCGUCAUUCGAAGUUUUCAACUUUAAUGACUAUCCAUAUGGGGAUGCAUUCAAGUUUCAAAGUGUGGCCACUUACAUUAAUGAGUUACUUGAAGUAAUUACAUCUCGUCUGAGAUUCUAUGAUGAACCACGUGAUACAGUUCUUCCAUUUAUUCCGAAGUCACAGUGCCCAAGCAAGCCUUGUAAUCCAUGUUUAGGAGCCCUGAUUGACUCAAAAUACGUCUACAUGCCAGGUGACGUGCUAAUCAAUGCUGCAUUCAGUGUUCAUAUGCCUGGGUCUGUACCGUUAUCAUGUGGAGCAUUUGAUAACUCUGCACAACAAGGGAUACAGGCAAUGCAGGCCUUCAUUUUUGCUGUGAAUUAUGUAAACAAUCAGCUUGCACCAAGCACUGGCCGAUUGAAGGGAGUAACACUUGGCGCACUUGGAUUUGACGACUGUAUGGACCCAGUUUUAAGCAAUCAUUUAAUCACUGAAGUUCAGAGGUAUGGCCGCCAGAUCACAGAUAUGAAUGGCGAUAACAUGCUUGACCCUCGUACUGUAGAGGUGUUCAUGGCGCGAGGUCUUGACCCUUGGAUGGCAAUUUCUAUGUCCAAUUUGAUGGAUACAAUGAAACGUCCAGUAAUCGGAGUAGAAACAUACACUGAGGCUCUAGAUGGAUCCGAUAUGUACAAGUAUCCAUAUUUCCUGCGAGCGCAGUAUGGCCUUCGAAAUCAGGCUAUGUCUAUCGUGAAUGUGGCGAAGAGAAAUGGCUGGAAAUAUUUACAGAGUGUUCACCACACUGGAAUGUGGGGUAUUGAGGCAAAUGAUGUUUUAAAGCGAGUUGCCGCAGAAGAGGGUAUCUGCAUUGUAGCCUCAUACGAAAUUCCUGAUAUGGGUGGUGGCGCUGAAGUUGUUGAAAAAUUGCGUGCACGACCAGACGUACAGCCUGUUGUUUUAAUGCUGCUUUCAUAUGGCUUUCGCAAUUUUAUGGAGGGCAUGAAGGAACUCAAUGUUAUUGAUGAAUUCCAACUUAUAUCUGCCAUAGGCGAUAAUAAACAAAGUGUGGCAGGGUAUGAGGAUUACAUCAACGGUAUGAUCAGUUUUGAGCUAUGGUGGCCUGCCACUUCUGUUGGCGGAUUGCCAACUUUGGAAGGGUUCCGUCAACAUUUGAAGAAUAUAGAUGUUAAGACGUACAUGACCAAUCCAUGGAUGCAAGAAUGGUUUGAGAACUUCUACAGCUGUAAGUUUAAUCCUACGGGCUCUGAAGUAGCAUGUGGAAAUCAGAAAUUGUUCGAAGAUUUCGAACUGAACUCUGAUGUGAUAGCAACAAUUUAUGGUGUUUUUGCAGCAGCACAGGGUCUUGACGAAACAUUAAAGGAAUAUUGUGGGACAGGAUAUGAUGGGUUAUGCGGUGAUUUUAUCAAUGCUAGAGAUAAGGGAAUGGUUCUGUUGCAAAAUAUUCGUGGGAAAACCAGAUACACCGAAGACGCAAAUACGUAUAGAUUUUUUGACAACAAUGGCAACUUGCCAACAAAAUACUUCAACUACAAUGGAGAACUGGACACAUUUACAUAUGUUGGCGAUUAUAAACCAGCUGAGGGAGUACUUUACUUAGAGAACUUCAGAUUAAUUGGGGACAGCAGUACUUCUCAGGUGUCAUCUGAGUGUCCAGGCGUCUGUAUGGAAUGCUUGUACCUGUUUGGUAACCAAAAGUUCAUGUAUAUUCCCGGUGACAUUAUCAUACCAGGAAUAUUUGAUGUACAUUACCAGGGCGAUUCUCCAUACAGCUGUGCUGAUCUCAGAAAAGACAAUGGAUUCCAGUACACGGAGGCAUUCCGUUUUGCUUUACAACAAAUAAAUUUAGGUCAGGCAGGUGUGAAGUUGAAUAAUGUCAGGCUUGGAGGUCUGGGUUUUGACGGCUGCACCGAUCAUAUAAGAGCAUCGGCUAUUGUAACCGGAAUGUAUUCUGGUGCUUUCCCAACUCCAGGUUCAAAUCUUGCAAAUGUUGAUGUUAAUAUUGAAGAUUUAGCAGGGUGGUUAUCAUAUGAAAGUGAAAGUACAAUCAGUAUUACAAAAAUUCUGGAAAGAUUUAAUGUACCUGCUGUUACCCCAGGUGCUACUUCACCAGUUCUUGAUGACAAGUCCGAAUUCAUCAACUUUUUCCGUACCAUUCCAUCAGACGGCCGUGUUGCUGAAGCUAUGGCCAAACUGUCCAAUAAACUUGGCUUCAGUUAUAUCGUAACACUAAAUGCACCAGAGGAAGGAAGCCGUGAUGCAGUAAGGCAUUUCCGCAUGUAUGCUGAAGACCUCGGCAUUUGCAUCGGGGCUUCAUAUGAGUUUGAGACAGACGGUGAUGAAAACCAAAUUCUUGACUAUGUUCUCCAGUCAACAACAAAAGUAGUUGCAGUUUUUGCAAGCCCUGAUCGUUACAUUGAAAACUUGAUAAAAUUAAAAGAUUCAAAAUCAGCUGCUGCCAAUCUGAUUUUCAUCGCCAACCAACCAUGGGACACGCAAGCUAAAAAUGCCAUUCAGGGCUCAUUUACCCCUAUACCAGCUACAAUUAAUUUCAGAAUGGACGGAAAUGUAGUAAUCGAGGAGUUCUUGUACUAUCUGGAAAGUGAGAGUACCCGACUACUAGAAAAUGCGAAUCCGUGGUUCCGUGAGUACUAUGAGGUGGUCAUGCAAUGUAACCUGGCAGGAACGUAUAAAUAUGACAGAGCAUGCAGAGAUACUAGCUUUGAUGCAUUAGACAUUGACCGGAUCCAGCAAGAUAUUCGUGUUGUUCCAACAAUGAAUGCCGUAUACGCAUUGGCGGAAGGAAUACAUCGUACGUUAGAACAGAAGUGCGGCGUGAACUACAAUGGCGUAUGUGCAGCUUUUAUCAGCGAUGACGACACUUACGCUCAUAUAAUGAACAAUAUGGAUGCUCUGAGUUUCCAAGAUAUUACAGCCAUGGCGUUCCGAUUUGUACAGCGUGAGGCCGACAGGAAACUUCAGUUUACAAGAUUCUUGGUUGACGGGACAGUUUAUUUGGAGGGUUCUUACAACAAAGAUGGAGAAUUUGAAAUUCCCCUUGAGGAGACACUCAAAGCUGUUUACAAAAAUGUUCCAUCGACAUGUAUUGGUGAAUGUCUGCAGUGUCAGAGAGAUGGUUCUGGUGAGGAGGAGUUUAUGUAUGUAGCUGGUGAUCUCCACAUUGCAGCAUUGUUUGAUGUACACAAAAUGGGAGGAACACCCUACACCUGUGGCGAAAUUAACGAUAUGCAUGGUUUCCAAUUAAUGGAGGCAUUCAACUGGGCUAUGGAGUAUGUUAAUGAGAAGAAAGGAAUUUUCAGCCGCAAACUGCAAGGUGUUAAACUGGGCUCAUUGAUCUUUGACACUUGUUCUAGUCCAGUUAGAGCUGGAAAUCUUGUUGCAAAUUACCAUGCUAGGAAUUUCGAGAUUCGAACCAAAGAAUACAGGAUCGACCCAUCUCUCAUCGACUUGUAUAUUGGACCAAUGACAAGUGAGGCUUCAAUAAGGGUUGCAGAUGUGUUAGCAGAAAUUGGCAUCCCACAAAUAAGUUAUGGCGCAUCAUCUCUGGAGCUGCGUAAUCAACGUAAAUAUCGAUAUUUCAUCAGAACGGUUCCUGCUGAUGAUAAGCAGGCAAGAGCUCUCAUCUCCAUCCUAAAGAAGUAUGAAUUCCCGAAUAUCCAGUUAGUUACAGAAUUCACUUCAGUUGGAGAAUAUGGAAGGCAAGAAUUCCUGAGGCUGGCUAAGUUAAAUAGAAUUUGUGUUUCUGCAGAAUAUGUGAUUGGUCAGAGUGGAAAGGUGACUGAAGCGGAGGCUAGAAUGGUUGCCUCAAAGUUAAGAGAGAAGCCUGAUGGCAGGGUAGUUGUUGUUAUCAUGGAUGAUCCAUAUACAUUCUUGAAUGAAGCAGAUAAGUUUGAUUACAUAAUAGGAAAUUACUCGUUUAUUGCCACAGAUAAAUGGGGCUUUGGCAUUUCAGGUUAUAAAAACCUUGAAGGUUUGGACAGGUUAAUUGUGAGUGGACAAGUCCUGACCCUUGAUGUCGAAACUGCAGAUUUCCCUGAACUUGAUCUAUAUUUAGAAUCGAAGACGCCAGAAAACUAUUUGUCAAACCCAUGGUUUAAGGAAUACUAUGAGUAUAUUCAUAAUUGUUCCGUCGGUCCACCUACAACCAAAUACCCAUCUGUGUGUCCUGAGUAUUUGGUCGGAUAUGCAAGAGCUGAAAACUAUAUUCAAGAUCCUUAUGCUUUGUAUGUAAUAAACGCAGUGUUCUCAACAGCUUUAGGAAUCGACCGAACACUUUUCCAAUGGUGCGGAGGUGAGCGAUAUUAUGGUGUUUGCAAUAUUCUGCGUACCCAUGGUGAACGAAGAGAAUACUUCCUUGAGAACAUAAAGAAAGCUACAUUUGUAGACCAGACCGACCAGCCAUUCUACUACACCGCAGAUGGGGAAAGCGACCGAGGUUUCCAUGUGUACGAACCACAGGCCAAUGGCAUGUCACUUUACUAUGGUAGCAACGGUUACUACUGGGAAGAUAUUGGAAGUUAUAAUGACAGUCAUUACUUAAAAAUGGACGUACGAUAUGAUCCAGACUGGUUUUCCAGUUGUGAUAGACCAGGUUCAUGCCAGUGUGAAUUUCCUGAGUACCAGCCCUCUCGCUACAUGAGCAAACCAUCACCGCUAGAUCUAAAUGUUGUAUUUAUCUCGGACAUCCAUGCAGCUGAUCCUAACAAUGACAUGGGCUGCGGUGCCAUCGAUACUGGUAGCAGCAUGCAAAAUCUAUUCGCCUUCUUGUACGCUCUUGAAUCUGUUAACAACAACACUGAUUCCAAAUUCCCAGGAAGUUUGAAACUGGGUGGUGUUGCCCUCGAUACAUGCUCACAGCCAAGCCGUAUCGGGCAGGAUGCUUAUAGUUUGUUGAGCGGAGAACCUGUAUGUGGGGAUGACUCGGCAACACAGGUGGUUCCACCGGCAUCUAUUAUUUCUUACAUGGUCAGGAAUAGUGCCAAUUCCAUAGCAACCAGUAGCAUGCUGUCACCACUGAAAAUUACCUCCAUUAGUAUGAGUGCCACAUCUGUCGAAUUAAAUGACAAGUUGGAACAUGCAUAUUUCUUACGAACAGUACCACCAGACAAUGUACAAGCACUGGUUGUUGCAGAAAUCCUGAAGGUUUUUGGCUGGGAUUAUGUCACUGUUGUCUAUGCUGAAAACUCCUACGGCAGAUCAGCUGUCCAAACUCUUCUAUCACAGUCAGAUCGUACAAACCCCUCGUUUUGCUUCGGGCGAACAGUUUCCAUGCCCCUUGAUGCUGACCUCAACGAUGCUAAAAGUGUGAUCGAUAAGCUUAAUCAACUGAUCGGAGCUAAGGUUGUAGUCACCUUCGUCACUUCUCAGCAAGUACCUCUGCUUCUCCAAGCUACAACAGAAAAGGGACUUAAUCACAGAUUUAUCUGGAUUGGCAGUGAUACGUGGGCAAAUAAUAUGCAUCUCGUACGAGGCUACGAGGAAACUGCUGCCGGUGCAAUUACUAUUCAGAUCCGCUCCGAAUACAGCCAAGAUUUCAGAAACUUUGUAAAAAGUAUUAAUUUUAAUGAUCGUAAAGGCAUUCCAGAUGAUUGGUUUGAAGAAAUUUAUCAGACUGUUCACCAGUGCCGAAUACUAAGCAGCCAGAUUCAAAAGACUUACACUAAGAUCUGUACUGGUGACGAAAAAUUCACAGACGAAAUGAUCCCACAAGAUCCAUACGUUCUGCAAACAAUCAUCUCUGUGUUCCAGAUUGCAAAUGGUCUCAGUGAUGUAGAAGCUUGUAAACAAAGUGGUCUCACAAUAUCAUCAUGUUUGUCCCUGCAGCCAGACAGAAGGCAGCUCAUUUACAAUAGCAUUUUGAAUGCCCAGCACGAUGUACUGCCCGAGGACCUUGGUGAACGAUCGUUUAAUUUUAAGUUCACAAGCGAAGGCUUUGGUGAUAUUGGUUACAACAUUUUCAACUUCAGAAGAAACUUAACCUCUGGACAAUUUGAAUAUAUUCAGGUUGGAAGCUCAGCUGGUGAACUACGUCUUGAUAAACGUCUGUAUAAGAGCUAUAGUUCUAUAGUCAAUUACCGGUCUCAACCUUUGUCCAGAUGUCCUCUAGGUAGCACAUGCCAGUGUCUCGACAAUACUGGGACACCGUUCCCAUUUAGCCGCCAGGAAGAUGGUUAUGUCAUCACAGAGGAGGGCCAAUACGUGGAUCCUACAACUGGUGCACUUGUAACGAUCGAAGACACACCUGGCAUGACCGAUAGAUUCCGUGAUAUUUGGGCAAUUAUUGUCUGCACUCUAGCAGCGAUUGGCGCGUUUGCCGGUCUUUGCAUGUUUGUAUACCUCCUCAUUGUAUAUCCUGUACGCGGUGGAACAACUGUACUUGGUUACAUGCUGUGCUUUGCCAUAAUUCUUAUGUACUGUCUGGUGUUUGCUUUUAUUUUGCACGCGUCACGAGAAAUUUGUGGACUUCGUCGAUUUGCCCUAGGAUUUGUUUACUCAAUCGCAUACUCGGCAUUAUUUGUAAAAUUAGUUGAUUGUUGGAGAACAAAAGACAAAGAGGACAUUUAUAUGGUAAAAUAUAACAAAAUCGGUAACCCAUGGGGACUUUUCUUCAGUGCUUGCCUUAUUGUUCUGGUUCAAGUGAUGAUUAAUGCAGAGUGGUUGAUUUUGGAGGACCCAGAUAUGGUACGCGUAAUCUACAACAAUAAGCUGUGGCCACGUUGUGUUCCAGACGACUUUUAUGAUGAGGGUCUGAUAUUAUCGAACUUGUUCAUCAUGUUCCUAAUAUUUGUCAGUGUUCUGGUAGGACUAGCUGCCUUCGGUAAUGACAAGAACCACUGGGAUUGUAGGUGGAUUGUGGGAUGUGUUGUGUUGACUAUACCAGCAUGGAUGGUAUGGUGCCUGGUAGCGGCAUUAGGGGAGUACAAGAUGCGAGAUGCUGCAGCUGCCAUUGGUCUGCUGUACAAUGCCACAGUAAUGUUGAUGUGUGGGCCACUAAGAAAGUUAUACCUACUGAAUAAAUAUCAGGCUAGCCUUGAAGAAGAGGAGAGAAAGUCUCAGCUAGCUCUCUCAAGCCAAAAAGACUACAAUUCCAUGUACGGUAGACAAUAUGAUAAUAUGCCUCACAUGCAGGAUGGUGACUCUAUUAGAGGGAGCACUAUGAAUGAUGAUGUAUUUAUGUAUGACCCUAAAAGUUAGUCUUCAUAUUUAAUUGUUAUAAAUGUGUACAGAGAGACAGAGUAAAAUGUGUUUAAAAACAAUUUGUAUGUUGCCAUGACAACAACAGAUCAGUACCUGAUUAAUCCUCAUAUCAACAGUUACCAUAGCAAUGACCUUCACCUUCAAGUUUUACCUGCUCUUCUCAGGUGUUACGAUAUAUAGAUAUGGAUAGAUGCGUCAUUGGUUUUGUUAUAAAUAAGUAUAUAAUCAUGUGUUUUAGUAGUUAAGUCUUGUAAAAGAUCUUUAAAGAAUAAGAAUUAUGGAAAGUCUUGCAUAAAUACAUGUACAUCAAUGUACACUGUUCAUGUUAUUAUAAACAUUUUAAGCGUAGAUCUAAGUCUUGUCAGUUUUGUUUCAUCAUGGCUUUUACUUAAAGGCUACAAAGCCAAUGAACACUGUUAAAUAAUGUUUGUUUUAGGAUAAAUAUACAAAUUACAUGUCAGUUUUUUAAGUUCUCAAGAUUCAUUUAAUAUAUCAACUUUUGAUGGAAAUCAUAAUACAUGUAAUUGAAAACAUAUUUAGCAUGAUAAAAUUUGUGUGACCGAAUGAAAUGCAGACUGCUCCAUGAAAACCCAGCUAUAUGUGCUGCCCAAUGAAAAUCUUUUACAGACAUUUUUUAUGUUUCCUUUCUUUGUUUUGUCUCAUUUUUGUUUGUGAAAUACACUUUUAAAGUCUUUAAAUUCAAGUAGAAUUCAGUAGAGAAUUUAAAGUUCAGUCAUUUGCCAUUCUGAACAUUGUAGCAGUCUUAAUCCUAGGUGUAAAUUAGAAAAAUGGGGGUGAUAUAUUAAACUUUGUCAUAGUUUUUGAAUUAUAAACAUUGUUAAAUCUCUGAAUUUGUAUUUGAAGAAUGUGAUUUUUAUGAGAAUUUGUAUUUAAAGUUAUCCUUGAAUUCUUGAAUAUAGUAACUGCUUUGAAAAACUGCUUUUCAUGCUGGUUUUGAAUGAAAUUUAAUUUUGGUACCCUUUUGGUAUCCUUUGAGAUUUGAUUGUUUGAAAGUUUGAAAGUAAUUUUAGAAACCAGUCUCUCUUUCCAACAAGUGAUUGGCUGUUUCUUAGUUUAAAAAAUUUGAAUUUAGCCAAUAGGAAGAGUUGUUGUAUUGUGGACUGGUCCCAAAGUGAAGCAAAGCUGUUAUACACUAGUUAGAGAGUUUGUUUGUGAUAUGAAAUGAUUUGUUUACCAUUUUGUACAUAAUAUUUUUUCACUGUUGAUUUGAUACAGACUAGCUAAACCUAACUGAAUAAAUAUUAUGUAGAUGCCUUGUUUAGUUAUAUAUAAUUGUUUAUGUACAUACAUCGAUACAUUUUAGAAACACAUGCAAACAUAUUUUCCUGUAAAGUGCUUGAUAUUUUUUAUAUAUAAUAUUAAAAAGAAAAAAUGCAAUAAAAGUAUAUUUCUUA